AUGGUCCCCAUCCCAGUAGACCUCGAUAGCUUGUCUAGCAAUUGGAAGAUUCUACAGGCGCGAUUGAAGCCUGCGACCCCAACCGCACCACCGAAACACCAAAGGCGGGAAGAAAAAGAAGAACAGCCCUCUCUGAAGCGCAAGAGACCACAGGGCGAGAUAUCGAAGCAGCCAGGUGGUACAGGAAAGAGUGCACAUGGUUCACAAAAAGGAACACCCCGAAAAUCACCUUCAUCGAGAAAACGACAGAAAAUGGACGAGCCGACUUCGGUGGGUGCGUCGGUGAAGCAUCAUGACAGCAAAGCACUUUCGAGAAGUGUUUCGAUGCCUUCGCUCAAGAAGAAGCCUCUACUGGCCGCCGUAGAGGAUGUCGCCGAAGCCUCUUCUGUCCUUGAUCCCCAUCCAGACUUCCCCGACAUUGAGAACGAAGGUGUAUCUGAGACGGCGCUUCCUGGCAAAUAUGUCGCAUUGGACUGCGAGAUGGUUGGCGUAGGGCCAGAGCCCAAUCGCGACUCGGCGUUGGCCAGAGUGUCAUUGGUGAAUUUCCAUGGCCAUCAAGUCUACGAUUCAUACGUCCAGGUACCGCACAAGAUGGAAGUCACAGACUACCGCACAGCCGUGUCAGGCAUCGAGCCCAAACACCUACGACCGGACGUCGCACGAACUUUUGAUCAAGUGCGAAAGGACCUCAAAAUCCUCCUCGCCGGACGCAUCCUCGUUGGUCAUGCGGUCAAGAACGAUCUUGACGUGCUCAUACUCAAGCACGAUAGUCGCUUCAUACGCGAUACUUCCAAAUUCACCAAGUUUCGCGCCCUAGCAGCGAAGCCAGGCUGGACGCCAGGACUGAAGAUGCUGGCAGACAAGCUCCUGGGUGUGCAGAUUCAAGUCGGUGCGCAUAGCUCGGUCGAAGAUGCGAGGGCCACCAUGGCAUUGUACAGACUGGAGAAGGCAGACUUUGAACAAGAGAUACGGCAGAAGUAUGGAAAUGCUCGUCUUGAUGCCACUGCUCUUGCUGUGGAGGCUGCUGACGAUGAUGAGGUCAAGAAGAAGAGGAAUAGGAAGAAGUCGAAGAAGAAGAACAAGAGAUAG